AUGGACAGUGAAUAUCGAGUAAUAUUGAAUGUGGGUGGAAUACGUCAUGAGACCUAUAAACACACUCUGAAAAAGAUUCCAGCGACAAGGCUGAGCCGUUUGACAACAAAUUUAGCUAAUUAUGAUCCAGUAUUGAAUGAGUAUUUCUUCGAUCGACAUCCAGGCGUUUUCGCGCAGAUACUCAACUAUUAUCGUACGGGUAAACUGCACUAUCCACUCGAUGUUUGUGGACCAUUAUUUGAGGAGGAACUGAAGUAUUGGGGUUUAGAUGCGAACGAAGUAGAGCCAUGUUGUUGGAUGACAUACACUCAACAUAGAGAUACUCAGGAGGUAUUGGCCACACUUGAUAAGCUCGAUCUUGACUUUGAUGAAGAAUUGAUCAAUAAUCAAGAGGAAAUUUACCGAAGAUUUGGCUGGGAAGACGAUUUCCAUAAUGAUUCGUUGUCGGCCUGGCAAAAGUUAAAGCCUCGAAUAUGGCGGCUAUUCGAUGAGCCGUCUUCAUCACAGGCUGCAAAGGUUGUGGCCGUUAUCUCAGUGUUCUUUUUAAUCGUUGCAAUCCUCGUGUUUUGCUUCAAAACGCAUCCAGGAUUGCGCGUGGCUGAACUGGAUGUUGAUGAGAUCAGUAUUGUUAACCAUACAAAUCGACUCGUUCGUCGAUCACCUCCGUUCACUUAUAAAUAUCGAACUGAAUCAAUCGGAGUGCACAAGAGAAACUCAAAACCUCAUCCUGGUUUUUUUGUGGUUGAAACAAUAUGUAAUAUAUGGUUCACGAUUGAGAUAGCAAUCCGUUUUGUUUGUUGUCCAAGUAAAAUCAAAUACUUCAAAGCACCGGUAAGCCAUUCACAUUUUACAAUAAAUGUUAUUGUGAGCAAUUUUGCGAUGUAUUAUUCGCAUACUCAGGCCAGGUCGAAGAUGCCUAAAAAGCGACGAGGUGUGCUCAGUCUUGACCAGGUAUUUGCUUGA